CCUUCCGUCACUCCGCCACUCACAGGUUUCCACCAUACAUUGUCUCUGUUUACCAAGUCAUGAGUCGAGAGCGGGAGGGCUUCACGGAAAGGCUGAAGCGAUGGGUGCUCUCCGGCGGAGCCAGCAGGGCACCCACCAAUGCUAUCGUGGUGACGGAGGAGAUGAAGGGAGAACUUGCAGUGUCUACCUCGCUGCCCAGACGCCUCCACGCCAUAAAGCAACUCACGGAAUCUCUAAUCACUGCGAAAUUAGAGCAGAAUGGCAUUGAGCAGGUGUGGUGUCUGGUGAGGGAUCUUCUGGACGUAAUGAGGGUGCCGCCCACAUGUCGCCGCCUCACCCUGAAAAUGCUGACCAAUUACGCCGCGGGGGAGCCAGACAUCGGCUACAUGAGGAUGGUGUUCAUGAAACAUAUCAAGUUCACCUUCUCUGAGGAGGAUCCGGAACCUCUUACUAGGUCUUCCAGUUUCAAGUUCUUCCGUGCCGUCUUGGCGGAUGGAAAGCAAAUCCAGUAUGUGGAGGAGGAGGUGGGCUGGAUUCUGUCCAGGUGGAUGCCAAAGCUCAUCCAGACUCGUCUUGCCAUGGGUGUUUUACAAACGACCAUCAACCUGAUAAAAUUCCACUCGGCCUACAUUGAUAACCCCAUUGUGUCCAUCUUUGUGAGUGAAGCAAUUCGCAAGAUGAUGAGUGCUAGGGAAGAAGAUGAAGUACUUCUCUGCCUCACUCUUAUUGAGACUGUUGUAGCAUACAGAUACCUUCCCGUGGGUGCUUUGUAUACUGCUCUCGUUGGUCUCUGCAGGAUUGUCAAUGUUCCUCAUCUCACCAACAGAGUGGUGAAGAUAGUUAGGAAUGUGUUUGGGACUUGUGUUGGUUCAGCAUCUUAUGAUGUACUCAUUGGCUUCAUUAACCGAGGCGCAGAUAGCAUGCUGGUGCGAAGUGCUAUGUUCAUUGCUACAUUUGUUGUGUGUGGAGAAAAUCGGAUAUAUUCACUGACUCCGAAAAAAGAUGAACUCUUAAGGUCCCUAUAUAAAUGUCUAUCUGAGGAGAGCAUUGUGAGGUACGAUGAGCUGGUCUUGUAUGAGGUGGUACUGAGUCUCCAGCGGCUGCUUGCAGAUCCACGACCAAACUUUUUCGGACAAUCUUGGAAUCUUAUUUUAGACAUUAUCACUUGUCUCUAUAAAAACACAGAGAAAGUACUAGAGCCAGUGAAACGGGAUGGCAUAUUAGGAGUCCUUAAUGGUGUAGUGGACAGAGUGGAGCACUUUGUAGAUUCAAAUCUAUUUGAGGGAGAUGGUGAAAUGUUCAUUGAAUUGCUUGACCGCAUCAGCCAGCAUAGGCCUCCAUCUUCUGUUUUCAAGGUUAUAGAAUAUUGUAAAAAGAUGGCUACUCCAUCAAGGCCAAAAUGGAUCUCAAAACUUACUUCUUUGAUAAGACGUUAUUUCAUUAAAGAAACAAGACCAUUCAUAAACCUGAGAAUAUUGGAAGUCGUCCGUGAGAUCUAUUUGGAACACAGGGGUUGCUAUGGGCAUAUAAUUUUGAGAGCAAUUGUAGGAGAACUCAUUACUGGGAUUGAGAGGAAACCCAAUGUUACAGUCCGGGCACAAGCAGCCUAUCUCUUGACCAGCCUUGGUAUGGAUGAAAUGUGUGAGGAUGUUGAGGAUGUGCUCAGAAUUCUAAGACUUAUCAUCUUGACAAAAUACAAACUUCCACACAGCCCCAUGUUGAAUUGUGAAAAAGCACAUGACUUGUAUGCUGCUGUUGUGGGUGCAGUCAGAAUUUUUAGAAAGAAGACCUGGCAGCCUAUACCUACAAUUCCUGUUGUUGCAUACAAUAUCUUGGUAACAUUCUUGGAGCAUCACUACAGAAAUCCCAUGAUUCUACAGAAAGUUCAUAAUCCACGGAUUGAGGUCUUCAAAAUUCUGUUUUCAAUGAAGUGUGAUUUGAAAAAUUACGUUGGGUUCUCAUAUGGUGAAAAAAGUGCUGUUGAAGUGAGGAACACAGACCUGAUUAGCCCAUUUUCGCCAUACGUUGUGCUGCGUCAUAACAGUACACGUAAAGAGAAAGUACAAGAUGAUGAUGAUGCCUAUAGUGAUGACAGUAAUGAGUAUGUCAGUACUGAUGCUGGCACUAGUGGUGUUGGCAUCCUGUCAGUGGACAGACUGGGGAAGAUAAUUGUUUUUGCUAUUCUGGCAGAAAAAGACUGGGUGGUGCUUGAAAUUAUGCUGAAAGAAAUGGUGAUAAAGCUUCGCCACAAGGCCAUGAUGCUUUCCUUGAUGGAUGGCCGAUUACAAAGCUUGGCUGCAUCACUCUGUAACAUGAUAUAUGAUAGCAACCUUAAUUACCCAAAAUGUUUGACCAACACUCCAGUGGGAUUCAGUUGUGCAGAAUUUCACAGCUAUUUGUAUCCUGUGCUGGCAACUCUGGUGGCCCAUCAUCGCCACAUUGGACCAGACACCCAGCAGAAGAUGAUUCGCAUCUUUCAGGGCGGUGUGAUCAACAGGAAUUCGGCCCAAUUGUGUAUUGAAUGUGUAACACUGUGUGUGAUGGAGAUGCCAGUAGCCAUGGGCAAGAACAUUUCAAGGAUCAUCAGUCAUUAUUCCAAGAUAACACAGUGUGUGUCUCACUCCCAAGCAAUGCUGGAGUUUCUUUCUACACUGCUACACUUCCCUGCUAUGUACUCCAGUUUUGUGCAGCAACAGUUCAUGCCUAUCUUUGCCAUUGCCAUCCCCUACACCAACCCAUUCAAGUUCAACCACUACAUCGUAUCACUGGCCUACCAUGUCAUAGCUCUGUGGUUCCUGAAGUGCCCUAUACACAUCAGGAAAUAUGCAGCAAAGUACAUAACUACUACUUUAAUCCAGAAGUUUGAGUAUCUGACAGCAACUUUCAAGCCCAAACCUUUGCAACCUGGGAGGAAAAGGAUGCUGAGUAGGAAGGACAGAGCUAAGGAAAGAGAAAGGCUAGAAGAGGAGGAAAGGAACCAGAACAAGCUCCAGAUAUUUAAUGACAUGAUGGAGACUUGCAUUGAUCUCAUGUCUCGCUAUGCAUUUGACUAUUGCAGACCGGUGGCAGAAAGAAGUGGAUUAGUAAAAAUGCUGAUGGCAGAAGGAAAGAGUCAGACAUGGAUUGCUGGCAACAAGCUCAUAACAAUCACUACAUCAGGCUGUACAGGGAAGCUUUCUGAGGAUGGCUUCUGUAACAGGUGCAACCGUCUGUGUGAUGAGGGUGUGCCAUUCAACCAGGAAAAGAAUCUGAACAAAAUUGGAAAGCAUGACCAGACUGAACCAUCUAAUGUCAAGGUGACAGGAGACAGCAGUACUCCCAGAGCCUCCAGCUCCACCCAGUCUUCCUCAUCCUCUUCCUUCCAUCCCUCAGGCCAACCAUUCACAAAACCUGCUCUGGCUUCCCCCACAAAACCUGCUCUGGCUUCCCCCACAAAACCUGCUCUGGCUUCCCCCACAAAACCUGCUCUGGCUUCCCCCACAAAACCUGCUCUGGCUUCCCCCACAAAACCUGCUCUGGCUUCCCCCACAAAAUCUGCUCUGGCUUCCCCCACAAAAUCUGGUGUUUCUUCACCAACAAAAUCUGUUUCCUUUUCUCCUUCUCCUCCUAAAUAUACUGACUUUGAUCUUCCACCAAAAUCUGUCUCUCCCUUAUUCCCUAGUAUGUUCCCAACCUAUUGCACACGAACUCCUCUCUCUUGCAAGUAUUCUCCACCUACCAAGCGUUCCUCUUUAUCCCCACCUCCUGAUCUUACUCUUUCCUUUACACAAGCACAAUCCAUCCCUUCCCAUUCUACAAAGAGCAAAUCUCUUCCACCUUCACCCUCAUCUGAAUGCUUCCCUAUUUCCUUCCUCUUGCAACUUGCUGCUUCUUCCCAGUCCUUGCCUUCUAAAACUUCUCCAUCUGCCAAGUCUUCUUUCUUUUCAAACACUCCUAAAUCCUUACCUUCUAAGACUAAUACUGCCAAGCUGCCUUUCUCUCCAACCAGUCCUCGGUCCUCAUCUUUCCCUUUCGCUCAUCAUCCAGAGUAUUCGCCUGUACACUCCACUCCAGAUACUUCUCUAACAGAGUCACCUGAGAAGCAAGGUGCACAAAUAACUACUUCACCUCAAUUCCCAUCCAAGGAAACCCAGACUGAGAGUGAGCUCUUAAGCAAGGACAGCCUCUACAGUCCCCUGACCUUCCAGAUGAGUGCAGAUGAGGAAGAGGUAGACAGUAGAAAGCAGGAUGAAGUAAGGGAUGGCCUUGAAGAUCAGCCAUCACCACGAACACCACCGCCAGCAUCAACGUCAUUUCCACGAGUGGCACCAAUGCCUGAAGAUGAAGGAAGCCUGGGACAACCCCUAUGCCAGAGUGCAUCACUUCUUGGCACAGGGACAAAGCCUCGCUGCUGUGCCUGCUGGUGCCAGGGCUGGGCAGAGUUGUACAUGAGGCAGCCUUGUGGCAACUUCUGUGCUGUACUGAGGUUCAGUGGUCAACUAUUGGCUGAGAACUAUCCACCUUCUCAGGAAUUGAGUGACUUGGCGACACUGUCAACUGGAGAUGUCACGAAAUCAGGAGAACCCGUGCCUGGCUGCUCUAAGGACACUGCUGGUGCUAAUUAUGUGGAGGCAAUGCGCUUGUUGAGUGGGUUUGGCCAAGAUGGUGUUAUUCCACAAUGGGAGGAUGGACGUGGACUGUCACCAAGCUUUGUGUUCCUGCAGUUGUAUUAUCAGGAACUAAUGCCUACUGAUGACAGCCGCCCUAUCCUACUGCCAACAAGGCAAGCAGAGACUCAGCGCUCCAUCUCGCUUUUGGACUUCAUCCGACCUCAUGAGGCUCACAAAAUUGGAGUAUUGUAUGUGCGGAAAGGACAGAAAACAGAGCAGGAAAUUUUGAGCAACUCCGGUGGCUCAAUGAGAUACACCCGGUUUAUCUCCGCUCUGGGUACAUAUGUUGAGUUAGCAAAAGUAUCCCGACAUGUGUUCCUUGGGGGCCUGGACACCACAGGCGUGGAUGGUAACACUGCUCUGGUUUGGCAGGAUGACUUGCUACAGGUUGUGUUCCAUGUGGCCACCAUGAUGCCCACCAAAGAGUCUGAUCCAAAGUGUAAUGGUAAGAAGAGGCACAUUGGCAAUAAUUUUGUCACGAUAGUGUUCAACGAGAGUGGUCAAGCGUACAAUGUUGACACGAUCAAGGGUCAGUUCAACCAUAUUGUGAUAGAAAUUGUGCCAAACCACUACGGCACAAACACAGUGAUUGUGCACUACCAACGCCGGGAGCUGCUGAAUUACCUCAAUGAAAGCAACCCAAGACACGUGUCAAAUCAAAGCCUGCCGCUGUGUGUUAGGCAAAUUGCUGUCCAUUCUAAUUUAGCAGCUAAGAUCAUGGAAUCCCUGCAGCGACCACCACACCGACCCUAUGCCAACAACUGGGUGGAGCGACUGCGACACAUCAGGAAGAUUCACAGCACAGUGCUUGGCAACAUCAAGAAGAGUGAAGGGAGGUACAGUGCUCCUGAACUCAAUGACUUCACUGAACUGGUUGAUCCAGGUGUAAGGAACCUGUUUCUGAAUGAAACUGGCCAGUAUUCCAUCAAAUUGAUGCAUUAGUGAGUGAAGUAUAAUAGUAUAUACUGCUUCUUGAACUUAUUAUGGUUCAUUUCUGUACACAUUGUUGCUCUUUUCUAGGAAAUAUUAGUUAUUUUAACGUUUCAAAGUAAGUUGAUUUUUUAGCGGUUUUAAAAUUGUGAUACUAUGUAAUUAUAAGGUUUGUAAAUAAAAGCAUACCUUAAUA